CAACUAGGCUUUGAAUCUUCAAAAGAGACAGACAGCUGUGAAGUCUGACUCUCUCUCCCUCUAUUUCUCUCUCUGCAUCAGAAUCUGCUACCAAAGAGAAAAUAAUGCCCAUUGUUCAGUCACAUACACUCCUCUUUCAGGUGAGUUUUCUGCUGUGAAAGCGGUUGCUUUUUCUGCAGUUGAGGAGGAAACAUUUCUUGACAAUGAGUGCCCUCUAGUGUUAAGGUAAAUAAUUGAAUUGGGUUUCCCUUUUCUUUCUGUUUCUUGAACUGCAACUGUAACAAUUUUCCUCUAAACAUAUUUCGUUUUAUGCUUAAGAAUUUCCCUUUUUCUUUCGUCGCUGCAUUGCUUCGGUUCCUGUCUUUGUUGGUUUCUUUAGUGAGUGUGAUUUCCUUGCAUUGUAAGGUAUCUUCGAACCCUCUUUUUCCUUUAUGGAUUUCUUGGUUUUCUGGAAAUCUAUGGCUGAACCUUAAAAGAUUCAAUUUUUGCUCUGGGUUUAGUUUUAGAUCCAAUCUUUUGUCCCUCAUUCAUUCAUGGUUCUUGGCUUCUUGGGCAGAUGGGAUUCUUGCGUUGGAUUUUUUGGUCAACUUUUUCUGUAUCUUCUUAAUCAUCACCACUUUCUGAAUAGUUAGUUUCUUCCUGGAUUUGAUUGCUCUUCCUAGGUGAAUGAGGAUGUGGUGUAUAUUUUGAGAGAUCUUAGGAAAAAUGAUGAUUGAUCUUAAUUAUCUGAUUAGAAAGUUGGCUUUUGUUGGUGUAUUGACCUAAAGUUGUCAUCAUUCAGCCCACCGCGUCAAAAAAUGACAAUGUACCUUAAAAAAAAGUUGCUAUUCUGCCUUAAUUUAUUUCCUCCAUUUUAUUUCUUUAACCAUACUUUAACCUUUCUCGAAAUAUGGAGAUGGGCUACUAUACAAGUGUGUAUGUGUAUGUGUAUGUGUCUCUGUGUGUAUAAUAUGGUUGGAGUGGAUAUUUCAGAAGUCCACAUAUUCCUGCUAGUUUAGUUUUCUCAUCUUCAUACUGUUAGCAUAGCUUGCCAUAUUUUGAAGCAAAGGAAUAACACCCCAAUAUCAAAUCAUUUUUGGGCUAAAUAGUGUAGAUAAUGCUUAUAUUUACUCGUUUGAUCCAUUUCUUCCCAAGAAUCAUUGUCUCCAAAACAAAUCAUCUCCGUCUUCAUCUUUAGGGUCUACUUCGUUUGCUACGUCCUUUUCUUGCAUAUUGCCAUGUUUUACUGUUUGAUAAGAAACAGUUUGAUGUCUAUUUCUCUAUUCUUACACGCUUCAUAGGAAUCCCAUUUACACAUCGCCCAUGGCCCUCAAAACUUUUGUCUAUAUCCAUGCAUCUAAAGUUGAGUUAAUGAUUUACUACUGUGUAGGCCUCCUCUAUUAAGAAUGGCUGUUGUUUUCAAGCUUAGACGUUUGAAGAUAAUUGAUGAGUGUUGAUUGCACUCAAUUAUUGGUUCUUUAAUCUUCCUUUUGAUUGUAAAAGAAAAGAUAAAAAAGCCAAAUCUUGUGUGAUAAGAUUUUCUAUGCUCCUGUAGUUAAAAGCUAAUUCUUGAGAACUUCUAAAAGACAAAAGGAAGCAGUUGCUAAUAGUUCCAGCAAAUGAUACUUUCUUUAAUAAAGUUACUAAUAGUUGAGAUCUAUGCUGCACUUGGGAAUGAUACAUUUGAAUUUUUGAGUUGAUGGUCUACCUUCUGAAUUCACUGUUCAGUCACAAGGUUGAUUUCAUUCACAUGAAAUGACACAUAAUUUCACAGGCAAAUAUUAUCCCUUAAGAGUACUGGCUUUCUUUUUAUGUGAAAAAUGAUGGAGUUCAUUGUUUAUUUUGAAUACCUUGAUUGCUUGAACCUGCCAAUCAGGGUUAUAUAAUGUUCUUUACAUUCCUGAAUCAUGAACGCCUACCACACUCAUAUAAGGAUGGUGUUGAAACUGCAUAAGUAACUGGAGAUAUUGUCCAACCUUGAAUUGAAGUGAAAAUAUCAUGACAGCCUAGGCGACGUUUUCAUUAUAAGUAUUUUGUAAUCAAAGUUGGAUAAUCUUGAAUUCAUAGUUUCUUAAAUACUCAGGAUCUUUUUCUUCCAACUUCCACGUACUGGAUGUUCACAUUUGUGUAUGUACAUUUUAGAAAAAUAAAUCUGAUGCAGAGUUAUUGAAAUCUAAAAUAAUGUUACAGGCUAGGCGGCGUUUCCAUUAGAUGUAUUUUGUAAUCAAAGUUGUAUAUUCUUGAAUUCAUACAUUCUUAAUUACUAAGGAUCUGUUCCUUCCAACUUCCAUGUACGGGACGUUCACAUUUGUGUACAUUUGAGACAAAUAAAUCUGAUGCAGAGUUAUUGACAUCUAAAAUAACGUUACAGGCUGAAACUGGGUAUUAAGCCAUUCCUGGUUUCACCCUUGAACAUGAAAUCAAAAUUCAAAAGCAGUUGGAGAUCAAUUGUGCCUCUGCAGACGCAGGGAGAAUCAACGACAAGGUUCUGCGUGUUUCCUAAGGUUAAAUCAGCUAGCUUUAGCCAAGGAAACACUCCUGUUUACCUCAAUGUUUAUGAUUUAACACCUGUCAACGGCUAUGUUUACUGGGCUGGACUUGGUGUCUUUCACUCUGGGGUUGAAGUGUAUGACAUUGAAUAUGCUUUUGGAGCCCACGACUUUCCUACUAGUGGCGUAUUUGAAGUUGAGCCCCGGCAAUGCCCUGGAUUCAGGUUUCGCAGGUCAAUUUUUAUUGGCACGACACAUUUGAACCCUCACCAAGUAAGAGAUUUCAUGGAGAAGCAGGCCACAAACUACUGUGGUGAUACAUAUCACCUGGUUGUCAAAAACUGCAACCAUUUCUGUGAGGAUAUAUGCUACAAGCUGACUGGAAAACGGAUACCAAAAUGGGUGAAUCGUCUGGCAAGGAUAGGUUCAUACUGCAACUGCAUACUCCCGGAGGCUCUAAAAACGAGCAAGGGGCCACAUGAUACAAACUGUCAAGAUUCAGAGAGUGAGAAGAAGAGUCUGAGAAGCUCUUUCAGCUGCUUCUCUUCGAUUUCUAUGCACCCAAAGGAGAAAGAUGUAUCGAUAUCAUCGUUCGUCUUACAAUCACACUAUAAAGGCUGUCUGCCUCCUUGGGAUUUAAAGAAAUCAAGAAGUACUAAAUCUGUGAAAGAAGGUUAGAGAAUAGGAAUUCGUUUUUCUUUUUUUCUUUUCUGUCUUUGUGGAUUCUUAGAUUGUUUUAAUUUUUGGGUAACAAGUACCACCACAUUUGAAUGUAGUUAUCUCAAUGAGGUUUGAGGCUAAAACAACUGCUGUUUUUCCUCUAUUCUGUAACGUGUGUAGUUUGUUCUCAUCUUUCUUCAUGUACUUUCUUGAUGAUGCAUCUGCAGAAAUAUGAUGUAUUUGUUGUUAAGAA